UGGUCACGUAACAGGGAGUGGGAGAAGUGUCGUUGCUGCCAGUGUACUGUCAAAGUAUCUUUGCUGUCAAUCAUGGCGCCGAUUGGUGAGAGUGUUGAAGUGAAUGGGUUUAUCGUCAAAAAGAAGGAAGAAACUGACAGUGAAGAGAACUUAUGGUCUGCGAUACUAGCCGAAGUUCAAACGAGAGGAAACACCAAACUCCCCUCCUGUAAAUCAGUUUUGGUACUUGGUGACAAUGAAUCUGGUAAGACAACACUGAUAGCAAAACUUCAAGGAGUUGAGGAUCCAAAGAAGGGCUCUGGUUUAGAAUAUGCUUAUAUUGAUGUGAGAGAUGAAUACAGAGAUGACCACACACGUUUGAGUGUAUGGGUCCUGGACGGUGACCCAGCCCACUCUCACCUCCUCAGAUUUGCGCUGUCGGAAGAGAGCUUCCCACAUACGUUAGUCAUGUUUGUUGCUGCCAUGACUACCCCUUGGGGUAUUCUGGAACAGCUGCAGACAUGGGCAUCUGUACUGCAGGACCACAUUGACAAACUGAAGCUCAAAAGGGAUGAACUACAAGAGUACAGGCUUAAAUAUGUGAAGAAGUGGCAGGAUUAUAUGGAACCUGGUGACGAGCUCGAACAAGGGUCCCCAAUGAAACGAACUUCUCGAAAUCUGGAGGAAGACGCAAAUGAUAUAUUACCCUUGGGUGAAGGAGUCCUCACCCGGAAUCUUGGUUUAGAUGUUGUAGUUGUUAUUACAAAGACGGAUUAUAUGACUACACUAGAAAAAGAUUUUGAUUACCGGGAUGAGCACUUUGAUUUUAUGCAGCAGUGGAUCCGACGGUUUUGUCUGCAGCAUGGUGCAGCUCUAUUUUACACAUCAGCUAAAGAAGAUAAAAAUUGUGAUUUGCUUUAUAAAUAUCUCACACACAGAAUUUAUGGAUUUCCAUUUCGCACUCCAGCUCUUGUUGUGGAGAAAGAUGCAGUAUUAAUACCUUCAGGUUGGGACAACAUGAAAAAAAUAAGUAUUCUUUACGAAAACAUGCAGAGCAUGAAACCUGAUGAUUAUUACCGAGAUGUUAUUGUGCAACCAGUUAUUAGAAAGCCUGUCCAAAGAGAAUGCGAAAUGCAAGCAGAAGAUGAACAGUAUUUCUUAUCCAAGCAACUCCAGCUUCUGCAGCAAGGUGGACCUGCAAAUGCAAGGCAAGAGUCUCCACUUAGGACUGCAGUGCAGAAAACUGGAGACAGAAGAGUUACAGGAUCACCUGGUAUUCAGGGGCAGUUAGGUUCACCAAAGAAGAUUGACAGCACAAAACCAAGUGUGACAGGCAGUGGGGAAGGAGUUUUAGCUAACUUCUUCAAUUCACUGCUGUACAAGAAGACAGGUGGUGGGCCACAGACACCAAAAACACCAGAUACUGACAAUCAGCAACUUACACAGCUUCAGCAAGCAAACAUAUCUUCCAAGUGAAAGACCUCAUACAUCUGUAGAUAAAGCAGUGAUGCGAUCAGAUGCAGCAGCUGAAUUGGAUCGGUUAACUCGCAGUAAGAAGUUAGCAUCACCAGACCAAAAUUCUACAGACUGUUGAGACAAGUGCUAGCAUCAGAUGAUGGAUCUUAAUCUACACAGUGAAACAGGGCUUAUGCACAGAGUCAUGAUGAAGAAUGUGAUCAUUUAACUGCUAUAUUGAAAUAUUUCUUCGUAAUUGAAGAGAUAACUCAUUUGCUGUAAGUAGUUUGUUACUGAUUAUGUUCUUCGGUUCACUGUGAUACUCGAUCGUAGCCUGUGAUAAGACAUGAAGGAAUGUAAAGUGGUUUUUAUGAUGGACUUGCCUAAGUUGCAACCAUCAUAUUGAGCUAUAUGACAGGAAGCGCAGUUUAUUUUGUUUUGAUUAUUGCACUUGAGCAGCUUUAAAAGGUUCGUAACAUUCUCUUUGUGAACAUUAAUUUAUUUUUUGUAUAAUGUCGCUGUGCUUGUCAUGAAACACUACCAGUUUACUAAUUCAACUAUGUAAAUAGCAAUCCAUUUGAAAAUUAUGAAAAUGAUACGUACAUAUAUAUAUAUAUUUAUUAAUGGAAGUGAAUCUUCCCAAACAAGACAGCAAAUAUUUAAAACUAAGUGACUGUGUGUGUGUGUGUGUGUGUGUGUGUGUGUGUGUGUGUGUGUGUGUAGAGGGGGGGAGAGAGUGCAGGAAGAUUGUGCAAACAUGCCAUUACAGUGAUGUAUAGUUUGGUAAUUUGUAUAUUUAUUCAAUAACAUCCCUUUAAGCCAUUCCCUAAACCAAAUUGUACAUUGCUCUACUGUUAGAACAUCAGAAAGUGCAAUCCUGUUCAGUAUAAAAUUACUAUUGAGAAACUGACUCUACAGAAUGUUUGGUGGUCUCUUUCGUAUGUUCAAAAGGACCUUCAAAAUGUUAAAGUGAAGGAUCCGAUAACAUCAGGUGCCAUCCAAAGUAUGAUGAUAAACUGCAUGACAGGGUACAAAUUUUCUCAUAUGUGGAGAAUAGCAGCAACCCAACAUCUGUUUAAUCUUGCUUUCAGUUAUGAAACUUAGAAUAUUUGUUGCAACAAUUUUGCGUUGUUUACGCUCCUUGAAAUUUAUGCAAGUUAAUGCAUUCCAAAAGAUUGUUUGUCCUGUGCUGCCUAUGUAACUGGUGCCUGAUGUCUCUUUGAUAUAUCAGUUUGUAAUGGAUGUGCAAUACUGUCUUCGUUUGUAAUUAAAUUUUUAAAAAUGCAUAUAAAAAUUGAGGGCACUGUGAGGCAGCUUCGUUAAGUAAAUGUAAUUCAAUAAUCUGUAAAACGUAUAAAAUUUUGCUUCAUUAAUUUUGCGUAUGAACUGCAGUGGAGUUCAUUGGACUGCAUUAAGAUGUGGUUUCUGCAAUAAAUACUCUCUUUGAGAUUAUUAGACACAGUUUCAUCAGUAUUUUUUAAUCUCUUUUAUCUUCUGAGCGUACGCACAAGUGUUUUUUCUUCUUUUUGAUUAAUUUGUGUUUAUUAGAAUAGAUUCACAUGGUUUCCACAGUGUUGAUUUGUUUGUGACAGCUGACAGGUUUUCUUAUUACCUUUUUGUACAACUAUCAACUCUAUAUCAGUAAAAAGGAAAUGUAUAAUUUCUACCAUUAAACUGAUAUUACAAAUACCACCAUUCCAUAUGAGAUGAUGAUGAUGAUGAUAGUAAUAUGCCUGUGUUUCUAAGCAAAAUCUUUAAAAUCCCUUUAUUUGUUGAUUUCUCUAGUAUGCACCAAUCUUUGUGAAGUACUGACCCACUGCAGUUUGUACAAUUUUUGAAAAAGUCUAACACAAUCAUAUUUUCCUAGAUGUUUGUACAGUGUAGCAACAGUUUAACUGCAGAGCAUUGUCUUUAAUAUGUUCUUAUGGGAAUGGAAUAUUUUAAUUGCACAUUUAAUUUUAAACAAUAAAUAUAUCAGUAGUACUUACAUCUGAUAAAGGAUCUUGUAACAUCCAGUUUUUUGAACAGAAAUCAGCCCUUGUUGGCCUAAGAGGGUGAAACUCUACAGUCAGUUUAACUAUGAAUAUGCUUCCUGUAUUUGGAUAUCUGUACAAGUCAGCACACAUGCAAAGACUGUUUUGCACAUAGCAUUAGUAAUUUUUAUAUUUAUGUAAUAUCUGUCAAGGAUUUGGCUUUAAAUGUCAUUUCAUAAAAACAUACCAGAAAGUAAAAAGAAAAAAUAGCAAAGGAGAGGAGACAACAGGCCGAAUAUUUGCAAGUGCGUAAAAAGAUGCACAGAUGUAUACAUUUGGAAGUUCAGGAUUUACAGUCUAAAAAUUGGAAAGUGAUGUAGCACUGACAAAAUAAAAGCUUUGUAAUACAAAA